GUGUUAAGUGUAGUACUCUCAAAAGGAAGUACAGUUGAUUAAAGUAUGCAGUGCAUCUCAAUAUUAUUGAGACACUGUAUACCAAAGUGCAAUUAUUGUUAAUUGUUUUUCUUUAAUUUCAGUGAAUACUGGUGAAGAUUCGGAGGAGAGCUGAGGACGGGCUUGGGGACAAUAAUGUCCGCCAAGAGGUCUAAAAUGGCACUCCCUGGUGAGCUAUCGUCUGAGGAGGAGGGGAGCACGGGCCCCUCAGAAAAUUAUGACUACCCGCUGAGGAAGAAGCUUGAAGAGCUCAGAGGCGAGAAAGCAGCCCUCGCACAGCAACUGGAGUGCCAACAACAGCUGAUAAUUCAGCUAAAACAGGAGGUAGCAGCGCUACAAGAGGCGGUGCGAACCAGUGUAGCAAAAAAUAGUGUAGCAAGAAAUAGUAGUGAACCGAUCGUCAUCGACAGCGGGGGAGCACCAGCAGCAAUAGAGGACUCAACAAGAGCCAACGAAGAGUGCGAGAUGGACAGCGUGGGACCAUCACCAAACCCCAAAGUCAACGACGAAGGUGACCCGUUCAACUCCGUGCGGAGGAGGAAAAGUAACAAGAUAAAGGCAGUUAGAACAAUGCUUGGCAACGAAACUCAAGACAUUUUAAAGCUAAUUGAUACAGGAUGAUUUUGUGGCGGCGCAUCGGAGGCGCUAACCUGAACGCCAUCGUGAAUUCACCUCUGCCGCUGCAUUGUACGACCGGUGAAACAGCUGACAGCAUACUGGGGUGACAAAUGUCAAAAACGACGUUUGUCAAUCCAGAGACUCGAGUCUUGUCCGACGACCCGUCGGCAGCUAUAACGUAAAAGUAUGUUGGGGAAACAGCUCCCCAACGAAUAGUGAACUAUGGAAGGUGUGUGGCGCGGCAGGAUUCGCGGCAUUCGAAAUUUAGAGCUCGCCACGGGUGUGGAGGACUAGCGGUGAGAAGAUGCCGUCGGUUGGGACAGGAAAAAACCGCAUGGAGAUAAGCCGAUCUCUUCUGUCCCAAUUACCGGCAAGUGUGCACGGAUAAUCAUUUUAACACUUAGAAGUUGAGUUUUUUAUAGUACAGUUUUUUAUAGUAGAUUUCAUUGUGUAAAUAACUAUUAAAUAAAGUGUCUCGCCUUGUACAAACCUAAGCGAAAUUUCAAUUUUCACGUUUCUGUCGUUUUGAAGUAAGUGAUUUCUUCAAAGUGGUGACCCUGUGAACACGACAACGUACGCUCGCCGCAGCCACCAGAGACGCCGCAGCCACCAAAGACGCCGCAGCCACC